AUGUGCUACACGUACGUGCCGACUUCCCAGCUGCGAGACACCAAUAUUCGCAUAACGUACAACCCCCGCCGAGCGGUAGAGUCGACCGAGAAGCUGGACACUGAACAGCUCAACACCCCCAAGAUCCAAAAAGAUAUUAAAGACUCUUCCGAUUCCUGGAUAAGAGGGGGGUACAUCACCGAGCUGGAGGUUUAUCAUGAACUUCACAGCUCGGACCUAGUCCGGAAGCACUUCUAUCCCGACGGCAUCGGCGGUGAUAGAGACAUGACGGAGCAGCAGCGCAGGGAGUACUGA